UUAUGGUCAACUCGUAUUAAUAUUAUUGAUAUGAUCAAACAUAAUUGCCAUGGAUUAUAAUGAUUAUGAAAUAUUACUAGAACGUUGUAUUGCUCCUUCAAUUCCGGAUCUUUUACAUAGACCUGUAAAUGAUUCAGACUUUCAACAAUUUCUUAAAUCUUUGGAUUCAAAUUUGGAAUUAAUGUUAUUUAAGGCAGAAAAUCAAUUUGAAAAUUUGGAGGAAAGUGCAAUUGUAACACUAAUUUUAAUUAUUGGGGAGCAACAAAGGAAAGGAAAUUGGACUACAAAUUCUAUUAGUAUUAGAGAAGGUCUUUUAAACAUUUGGAAUAAAAUACUACAUAACGAUUCAUUAUUAGAAAGUAGACUUAUUGAUUGUUUUAAUAAAAUUAAAACAAAUCUUAAAAGAGAUACCUGGAAAUGUCAUCCUAGUAAAAUUGCUUGUGCAACAUUUAUAUCACACCUUAUAUUGGAAAGGUACUUUAAACCAACUAAAGACUAUUAUGAUCUAUUAUUGCCAGCAACAUUACUGCAGGUUGAUGAUUUUGAAAUAGAAAAUAGAGUCAAUGGUUUAAAAAUAUUGAAACAAAUAUUAGCUGCAUCACAAAAAGAAAUACUUUCUCAAUGCGGCUUAUGGAAUGUGAUGAUAGAUGCCAUUAAACGAGUUCUCUAUGUAAAAGAUGUAAAAGUUUUAGAAUAUGCCAUAGAUUGUUUAGGUUUUCUCAUAAAACUUCAGUGUAACACUGACUUAGAAAAGUGGGGCCCUGGUAAUGAAGCAGUUGAUAUUUUACUACAAGGAAUAAAUGGUGAACAGGUUUUAGAGUUAAGAUCAGUAUAUACCAAUGCAUUACCAGAACUAUUGAAUUGCAUGAAAUUUAAAAUACUUAUAUGGUUAAAUCGUUUAUUGACUAUAUAUAUUGACUAUCUAGACACAUCUGUAACGAAUAACUGUUUAGAUGAAGAUACAAUUCAUGGAAUAUCAGAGUGCAUUAUAGUAACCUUGCAGUAUUCAAGAUCAUUUAUUUUUAUGUAUGAUUAUAUCAUUGACAAAAUACUAUUGCUUUUAUUGAGAGUUGAUAACUGCAAAAUCGAUCAGACCAAAAAGGAAAAAUCAAUACAAUGUCUCAUAACUGCUGUAUCAAUACUACUUUCUCUUAACAAGAUAAAGUUUAAGGAAGUUCAGGAUAUUUAUAAUAAUCAUGUAUCUAAAACAUGCAAUAAUUACAAAUUGCAAUGGACUAAAAUUUUUGAAAUAGUAAAAGCAGAAAGUGAUUCUGAAGAAAAUGUUGUUAGUAUUUACAAAAAAUAUGUGAUUAUUAAAUAA